CCACACGACUAGGGUUUUAUAAGUGCCCUCUCAGCGAGACUCCCACGCCUCCUCCCAAACCCUAGCGCCGGCGCCUCCACUUCUCUGCUCCCUCGUCUCCUCGCGCGCAGGGUCCAGCGAAAGGGAAGCAAGAUGUACACCGCCAGGAAGAAGAUCCAGAAGGACAAGGGCGUCGAGCCCUCGGAGUUCGAGGACACCGUCGCGCAGGCUUUCUUUGACCUGGAGAAUGGCAACCAGGAGCUCAAGAGCGACCUCAAGGACCUGUACAUCAACACUGCGAUCCAGAUGGAUGUUGUUGGGAACAGGAAGGCCGUGGUGAUCCAUGUGCCGUACCGUCUCCGCAAGCCCUUCAGGAAGAUCCAUGUCAGGCUCGUCAGGGAGCUGGAGAAGAAGUUUAGCGGCAAGGAUGUUGUCUUUGUUGCAACAAGAAGGAUUGUGAGGCCACCCAAGAAGGGUUCCGCUGUUCAGCGCCCUCGCACCAGAACCCUGACAGCUGUUCAUGAUGGUAUCUUGGAGGAUGUUGUGUACCCAGCUGAGAUUGUGGGGAAGCGCGUCAGGUACCGUUUGGAUGGUGCCAAGGUCAUCAAGAUCUACUUGGACCCAAAGGAGCGCAACAACACUGAAUACAAGCUGGAGACCUUCUCUGCAGUCUACCGCAGGCUUUGCGGGAAAGACGUUGUCUUUGAGUACCCUGUGGCCGAAACCGCAUGAAGACCAAUGCCUUGAAUGUCUCCAUUUCAUAUCUUCGUAUCCAAAUGUUUUGGUUGAUGCUUCAGUUAGUUGUGCUAUCAAUGUAUUCCAGAAACAUAGUUUUGUUAACAACCUGGGUUUAGGAAAGUUUGAUGGAGAUGGCAAUGAACGUGAACAAUGUUAAAGUUUUGAGCAUUUAAAUUAUGAACGUCUGCUCGGUUA